AGACAAAAAGACCAGUACAAUAAACGAAGGUUCCGGAGGCGAGUAAAUUAGCAAGGAAAGCGAUUGUGGAGAGACGUGAUAGUGUUUCACAAGAUGCCUAAAGUGAAGAGGAGCAGAAAGCCACCUCCAGACGGAUGGGAACUCAUUGAGCCCACUCUAGAUGAGUUGGACCAGAAAAUGAGGGAAGCUGAAACGGAGCCCCAUGAGGGGAAGAGAAAGGUGGAAUCGCUGUGGCCUAUUUUCAGACUCCACCAUCAGCGAAGUCGCUACAUCUUUGACCUGUUCUACAAAAGAAAGGCUAUAAGCAGAGAGCUCUAUGAGUAUUGUAUCAAGGAGGGAUAUGCUGACAAAAAUUUGAUUGCAAAAUGGAAGAAGCAAGGUUACGAAAACCUGUGCUGUCUGCGCUGUAUCCAGAUCCGAGAUACUAACUUUGGAACCAACUGCAUUUGCAGAGUGCCGAAGAGCAAGCUGGAAGUGGGACGGAUUAUUGAAUGCACUCACUGUGGAUGCAGGGGAUGCUCUGGAUGAAGCUGUUGCUUGUGCAGAAAAUGGAUGGAUAUUAGGGCUUACAUGAACCUAGAUUCCUGUGCUUUUAGAAAUACUGGACUAUACUUGGAUUAAUACUCUUCCCACUUGAGGAUCUGUAGUGUACACUGUGAUGAUUGUGCUAUACCUUCUGCUCAUGUUAAAUUAGGUGCUGUAUUACCAACCACUGUCAUUGCUGUACACUGUCAGUGUGUUUUUUAUAAGUGCAUCUUUGUUAUCUUAAUAAACCUAUGCUACGAUGA